AUGGAAGAUUGGGAUGGUUCUUGUGUGAAUGUUUGGAGGGAUCUAUGGUUGGCUGAUGAUGGAAAUUUUUUUGUGCAAACUCCUGUAAGUAGUGAGUUUCGGCAUGUUAGGGUGUGUGAUUUGAUGAUUGCUAAUCAGGCUUUGUGGGAUGUUUCUAAAUUGUAUGCUUUAUUUUCGGUGGAAGAUGUGCAAAGGAUUCAAGCUAUUCCUUUGAGUUUGCAAAGAACUCAUGACAAGCGGAUAUGGCAUUAUUCGAAUAAUGGUACUUAUUCGGUUAAAUCUGGAUAUAACGUGGCUGUUGAUUAUUAUUUGAAUAUUCUCCAACAUAUAGUGCCACGAAAGUGGUUACGAUUAUGGAGUUUAAAAAUCCCUCUGAAAAUGAAACUUUUUACGUGGAAAGCCUUAAGGGAUGUGUUGCCUAUGAAGUCCAAUCUUAUUAGCAGAGGUGUUUUGGUGGAUAGCAAUUGUUUUUCUUGUGGAGCUGUUGAGGAUAUUAACCACGUGAUGUUGAGUUGCCCAAAAGCUAAGGAGUGUUGGGACAUUUUAAAUUUUAACUUGCAAUCUUUUUCUUUUGUUGAUUUUCAUUCAGGUUUGCUGGAACAAAAUGAUCUUUUUGCACUUUUGCACGCUGUUUCAGUGGCUUGGAGUUUAUGGCAGCAUCGUAACUGUCUUCUUUGGCGUGGUAAAUCUUAUCAAUCUGCUCACGUGCUUCAUUUGGCUUCCACUUUACGCCAAGAAUGGAACCUGGUCAAGAGUAACGAUUGGCAACUUUUCUGUGUAGCGGAUAUGGGUGGGAGAGCUGAAGGUAGGCAGAAGCCGGCGCUGGGUAGAAUUAAAUGUAAUUUUGACACUUCAAUUUUUGCAGGGGAAAAUUUAACAGGUUUCGCAACUGUAGUUCGCAAUGAUACAGGCCAUUUUGUCCUUGGAAUGUUUGGUUUUCGAAGUGGCAACUUCUCUCCUCCUGUAGCAGAGGCCUUAGGUCUUCGCGAAAGAUUUCUUUGGUUGCACAAUCAAGGAUUGGAUCAUGUUGAUGUCAAGAUGUACUGCUUGUCUCUCUUUACUGGUCUAUCAUCGGUUGAAGAGAAUUUUUCUGAGGUGGGCAGUUUAAUUCAAGAUUGUUUAACUCUUCGUAACAGUUUUUUGAGCUUGUCCUUCCAUUGUACUAGUAGACUCGCCAACUUAGCGGCUCAUUCGUUAGCAAGGGUAGCUAAGUAUUAUGCAAGUUUUCAAUUAUGGUUUGAUGUUCGUAGUUUACUUUCUCUUGUGCUUUAUUUGGAUUCUAUUUCUGGAUUUGAGCAAGGGGCUUGGGUGUACGGGGAUGGUCUGCUGACCGGGGUUUAG